AUGAACCAGACUACAUACUGCAGAAACCCUUUGACAACGUACAAUCAACUUUCAAAGGACGACCCUCUCCCAUCAGGAUCGAAAUUUGAGUACAUUGUCGACCAAACGAUACGCGUACAAAAUACUCAUAUCUGCAUCACGGAGACAACACACGACUACGUAUUUGCUACAGCCUGUUCGGAGGAAUCAACGAGAUGGAUUUUAGAAAAAGAGAACAGCUAUCUAAUUUCCCAAGAAUCAGAAAUGUGUCUUACCGUAGGGGUCGACGAAACCUUAAAAUUGGAAAAGUGUGCGUUUGAAGGAGAUACCAGGAAAAACCAGCAGUGGUUCUUUCAAACAAUAAAUACCAAUCCGGAUGUUAUAGAAAAUUUUCCCGACGUAACAUUGCAGGAUAUUCAAGAAGUCCGAUUAGAACAACGAAGAGCAAUUACAACCACAAUCAACUCACCCAUAUUUGGCAGUAUCUUGAAAGCAAAUCACGGCAGUGGAAACAUCAUCUGGGACAUGAUCGCCUGGGGAUUGUUGAAAAAUGGACAAUAUGCAAACGGGAAAUGUGUCACACAUCAUGGGCUUGAAAAACAGCUAACCAUGGAAGAUUGUGACACAGAUUGGACAAAAUGUCAAGAAGAACUAAAAACAUUUAUCACAAGUAACGAUCCCCUGGUGCAAUCACAAGUAUCCGUAGGAAACUGCAGUAAAGCAACUAACAAAGGCCAAGCUUUCGAGUAUACGUCUGAUUUCACCAUUAGACCGUUCAACACUAAUGCUUGCGUCAAGGCAAACACAACGAUGCUUAUUCUACAGGAAUGCGCCAACACCAGUUCAAUUUGGGGCACUUUCGAACACACAGGACAGCUCAUGGCAACAGACAGAACUGGCCUACAUUCACCGGCGUCAGACAGAAAAUGUCUUACACUAAAAGUAGGACGUCUGAGUUUAGGACAUUGCCACGGUUCAAGUAGAAAACAACAGUUUAACUUCGAAUAUCGAAACCCGCACCAAAUACGGACGCUUUCAGCAGCAGCCAUUAUAGCGCUUCACACUCAACAAUCAUUGGACGGAACACAACUCCCACUUAUACCCCCUCUUCUCAAAAGAGAAAGUAAAGCAAACAACGAAAACUUAACCACGCCCACCACACAAAAAUCUAUCUCAUCUACUUCCAGCACCACAACGACAGUAAAACCGACUACAAAAUUAAGCACAACCACAAUGAAAACAACAAUAGCCACAACAGCCAUAAAAACGACCGUUAAAAGCACACCACCGACAACUAGGCCUACAACAACUACUAAGCCAACGACUACCACAACUAAGCCUACGACUACCACAACUAAGCCUACGACUACCACAACCAAGCCUACAACUACAACAACAAAGCCUACAACUACAACAAAUAAGCCUACUACUACCACUACUACGCCUACAACUACAACAACAAAGUCUACGACUACAACUACUACGCCUACAACUACAACAACAAAGCCUACAACUACAACAAAUAAGCCUACAACUACAACCAUCCUGCCUAGAACUACAAAUACCACAGCUACAGCUACAACUACUGAGCCAACAACUACAACCACUAGGCCUACAACUGGUCUACCCCAAAAUAUAGAAGAAUUCAGUGACAAAAUUAAAUUCGAAAUUUCAAAAAUGCAUGAGCAAUAUCAAAUAAGUAUAGAAACAGAACACGAAAACAAACUUGCAAAAGAAAUCCGCGACGUAUAUUGUCAACUAUCAACGAUAAAGAAAACUCAAGCGGUGAUUCUAGCUCAAAGUAACGGAAUUCUUGCUGCUUCAGCGCUCGGAUUACCCAUCUGUACGAGACUGCAAGGCUUCGGACAAGCGAUGACACUUCAACAAUGUGAAACCAAACGGAUUUUCAUCUCCGCAAAAGAAGCCAAAUGUGGAUUUCAACCAUUCUUUACCUAUGAAGAUAAAAACUGCACAAUUGGAGUAGAUGGAUGGUCCAUACACCCAUAUUCCGAUUGCUUUUGGAAAACUCAUUUGGUAAAUUUAAAUGGAUUCCAUCACACCUGGGAACAUAAUUCAACAGACGGAGAAUGGAUAAAACAAAAAGCAAGCAUUCACAUGCCGAACUUAGACCUUAUCACAGAGUUCGAAGAGUUGCACCUGAAUGACUUCGACUACAGUCUGAAGAGCCAUCCAGCGCAUGAAACAAUGGAAAUGGAGCAAUUGAAUAUCCCAAACGAUUUAGUAGGACUAAUGCAGGAAUCAAAUUUAAAAUCAGUUUCUGACAUAGUGAUGUCAGAAAAACAGGAUAAUCAGAUAGGAACCAUGUUCUCAUGGUUCGACACAUUAAAAAUUAUUAUCCUAUCUAUUAUCGGAUUCAUUAUAUUCAUCGUAUGCUUACGCAUAUUGAUCGUUUGCAGUGCCAGCGGAAUCCUCAGUCGUUUGGACGACGUUGUAGGGGAGCCGGGAGGAUUAGCCGAGAAAGAAGACCGUUCACGGGUUACAGCAAGGGAAAGUAAUUUGGGACAACACCAGGCUAGUAUUAGCGAGGAAGAAACUGUAGCGUGGGCUGACGGCGAGGACAGCUCCGAUUCGGAAAGCAUUGAAGGUGGGUUAGAUUGGGAUUUUGAGGCUUUUCGGCGCAGAUCCUCGGUGGUAAGCGCUCGAUUGCUACGCAGCAGGGCCGCCAGAAAUUCUGUUGUAGCCGGGGUAGUCGCACCCCUUAAUCCCGUAGGGAUGGCAACCCAGAUUAAAUUCCAGACUCCCCCCCCCCCAUUCACCGGGCGGGAUGGGGAAGACGUAGUAAGUUGGAUCCAUUGCUACGAGAAGGUGGGGAGAUACAACCGGUGGGGCGAAAACGAGCUCAGGGACCACAUCGAGAUGUCGUUAGAAGGGGCUUCGGGUAAAUGGUAUGCAUGCAUGGAGGCAUCAGGCAACCUUCCCGCUGCGUGGUCAGACGCACAAGGGCCCCCGGUGGUCGCAGGAGUAAAAUCAGCGCUGUUGACACAUUUUACGCCCGUAAACUAUGUCCAACAUAACGAGGUUAAACUGCGCGGGAGGAAGCAGGGAAUUGAAGAAUCGACUCUAGAAUGCUACUACGACGUGCUCGAUCUAUGCCGUAGGGUAGAUCCGCAUAUGGCUGAGGCCACGAAGCUAGCAUUCCUCUGGCAGGGUUUGCGUCCUAGUGUCCUAGAAAAACUAUGGAGUUUAAAGCCCACCAACUGCAAUGAGUUUCUCCAAGAAGUAAAACGCUUCCAGGAGAUGACCGAUCGAGGGAAGCAAGACGAGUGGGCGAUGGGAGUGAUAGGAAGGAAGGAAAGAACCAAGCAUAGCCCAGCGGGGCAGCAAGAUACGUCCGUAGCUACAAGGUUGGAGAAAAUCGAAAAGAUGUUUGAAGACUUAAUGCAGAAAAGAGAUAAUUUGAACCAAGGGAGAAACAUUAAUAGAGGGAGAGAUCCAAAGGCCACGCCUAAUUGGACAACCGAUAGUAAGCCCAUUUGUUUCAGGUGCAGGCAGCCGGGGUACCUAAAACCAAAUUUCCAGAUUCCCAUAGAAAAUCGGCAAGGAAAGGGGAUUGGGGGGAACCACCGUGCUACGGGAGAUACUCAAAAGACUAACCCCACGUUCCUCAGCCUGCUAAGGGAAGAGAGCGGACUAAGUUUUCCCUUACUUCGCAUUGACGUAACGAAACUUGUCAUCCAGGAUAAUAUGUGUAAUGGGAGAAAGAUACCCGCUGUCAUUGACACGGGGGCAGCCGUGUCCGUGUGUUCACCCGGGGUAGCCACGUUAUUACGCCUUGAGAUAAAACCCUGGCUAGCGAACUGGCUCGUGUCAAUUAACGGCCAGGAAAUACGUCCCGGAGGAGCGAUAGAGUUGGAAAUAUCGGAUGGCGAGUCAAAAGUAGUCGGCGGAGUUCUGGUGUUAGAAAUGGGGGGAAUUGACCUCUUGCUCGGUAAAGACUUCCUGGAGAGAUUUGGAACGAGAAUGAAAAUAGGGGCUCUGCCUGAAUUCAUCAUUGGAGACAUUGCAAUGGGGAUGAUGGCAGAAAAAGAGAUUGAAACACCCGAGCUGGUGUCCCGAGUAGGGCGCAUGAUACCCGCACGUUCAUCGGUGGUGGUCGAAAUAGAGUUGACAUCAGGAAUCCCGGGGAAGAACGGGGCAAUGAUAGAGCCCUGGACUAGCUUACUGGAGCGGAAAGGCGUCUCAACGGGGCGACUGUUGGUAGCGGAUUGCGAGACGUUCAAUCAAGUACUGGUAACCAAUUUCUCAGAUCGCAACCAGUGGGUACCGAGAAACAUGGUCCUGGGGACGCUAGAAGAGAUCACCUUAGCUGAAGAGGGUACGGAUAGCGAGGGGGAAGUGGUGGCGUUUGCUGCCCUGGAAGCACCCAAAUGUUCACGAGAAGUGUUCGGAAAGUUGUCUCGAAGGAAAUUGACUCAGGGUGUGCAACGUAGCGGAGUAUGCGAUCGAGACAGGGGACUGUCGUCCCAUCCGACAAAGCCCUUACUCGAGCGCGUGGAAAGAACGGGAGCCAAUGCAGACGCUUGUUCAAGAGAUGGAAGACGCUGGAGUAAUAGAGAAGUGCAAUGGACCCUGGAGUUCACCAGUGGUACUUGUGCGGAAGAAGGACGGGGCCUGGCGGUUCUGUGCGAAUUACAGAAAGUUAAACGCGGUGACACUGAAAGAUUUGUAACCCCUUACCCAGAAUUGAAGAAACCCUAG